CCGGAAUAUUUGUUUUCAGCAGCAAGAAAAAAAUCCAACAAAUCCCUCAGAUUCAAUCCAAUGUCUCUCUCAAUUCCAAUCUCAAUGCAAUUAUCCUUCUCCAAAACCCUAACCUCCCAAAACCCAUUUCUCCUCUGUCUCCAACCUCCCAAACCCAUCUCAAUCCCCCGGAAAACCACCGUCAUCCGCAUGGGCGGCGGACCCAGAACUUACCCAGGCGGCGUAUCCAAAUGGCAGUGGAAAAGAAUGCAAGCAAAGAAAGCCAAGCAGCUUCUAAAAGCCAGACUCUGCCGCGAACGCCAGAUUUACGAGAUGAGAAAACGAGCCGAGCUUAAAGCUGCAGUUUCUGAGCUCGAGAGACCUUGGGAGGUCGUUGAACGAGCGCCCAAUUUAUUCUCUGUUAAAGCUGAUGAGCAAGUUAAGGUGUUGGCUGAUCGGUUUCAGAAGCCGGGUGGGUUUGAUUUGUGGUCCGAGAAUGAUGGGCCCCAGUUGUUUCAUUCUCCUGAUGGGUUGCCCACUGCUAGGUUUUUUCCUAAGGGGGUUGUUCAUAGUGUUAGGCCUUAUGGUUUGAUUCACGGGGAGGGUGGUGGUGUGGGUGUGGGGUUUGACGAGUUAGAGUCGGAUAGUGAAGAUAUGGGUGAUUUUGAUGGUGAAAUUAGGGGGAAUUGGGGAGGAGUGUUUAGGAGUUUAGAUAGAAAGAAGGAAGAGAAUGAUGAUAGGUAUAUGCGACGUAGCGAAAGCGGAACAGAAUUUAAUAAGAGUAGAGAUGCUGGCUGGAGUAAUAGGAGUAGCGGUUUAAGAAAUUCUAGGUAUAAUGAAAUGAGAGAUGAGUCAUUGAUGCUGUCUUCUGAAAGCCGAACUAAUAGGAGCGGGAAUGACGGUAGGAUUGGCAGUUUUAGAGGAGAUGGUGAAACUAGGACUAGUAGGAAUAGAAAUGAUGACAGGGUUAGUAGGAUUGGUGGCUCGAGUAGUUCUAGAGAUCGUGCAUUGAGGCAACAUGGUGAAGCUAGGACAAAGGGUAGAAAUGAUGAUAGGAUUAGUAGGAGUGGUGGUUUAAGGAAUUCUAGGUCUAAUGAAUAUGGAGAUGGUUCGUUAAUGCGGACUUCUGAAACUAGAACUAAUAGGAGUGGGAAUGAUAGUAGGAAUAAUAGGGUUGGCAGUUUAAGGAGUUCUAGAUAUUCUUCUGAUUCUGGAGAUGGUGAAACUAGGACUAGUAGGAGUAGAAGCUAUGAUGGUGUUAGUAGGGCUGGUGGCUCGAGUAGCUUUAGAUACUUUGAGUCUAGAGAUCGUCCAUUGAGGCAACAUGGUGAAGAUAGGACUAAGGGUAAAAAUGAUGGUAGGAGGAUUGGUAAGAGUGGUGGUUUAAGGAAUUCUAGAUAUUCUUCAGAAUCUGAAGCUUAUGAUAUGAGUUUACAGCAGGAUGGGAGUUAUGGAUUGCGCGAGAGGGACAUGAGCUACAGGUCUAGUUCUGGGGCUGACAUAUGAGUCAUUUUAGCUUGAAAUAUUUUUGAUGUUGCAUUGGGAAAUUGGACUGCUGGAUUGUUUAGCCUUUUUAGCUUCUGAUGCAAUCAGAUUAUGCAAAUGAACUGGAAUUUAAUAAUUCUAUUCAUGCAAUUCUGUCUCUUUCAUAUAAGCACAAGAGACGAAGAACACUAAGGAGAUAACAGUUUCCUAGUAUAUAUGAAUUAAAUGUCAGCAGCAGGCUGAUUACAGGUAUUAUUUGUCAUUUUAGCUUGUAUAAAUUAUCGUAAAUGUAUAUCUGUAUGUAUAUUUUGUUGUUUCCAAUGAAUAAUUAGAAUGAUUUCGAGAAUUGCAACUUUA